CAGAAGUGCAUCCUUAGCCAGGCCAGCUCAGCGCUGGGGAGAAGCAAGCCCAGAGAAGAUGCUGCAGACAAGGAGGAACAGGGGCUCCCACAGCACCCAUUCCACCAACUGAGAAAGAGACCACAGGCACAGAAGAGGGCACCACAGCAGGACAGUCCAAUCAGGGCUCUAGGACCACUUGACCAGGCUCUCCAGGCAGUGCCAGUGGCUCCACUGUGUCUGGAUCAUCUGUGGCAGGGCAACACACCAAGGCUCCAUCAUCCCAGGGCUCUGGCACCACUGGACCAGCACCUAAUGACUCUGGAAAAACAGGGCCACCUGAAGAAAGCUCUGGGACCUCAGGCAAGCCUCAGUAAGGAUGUCAGUCCACAAGCUCAUCUGUCCAUCGACCUGGCACCUCUCAACCAGCUGCAGUGCAGACUAGAACCACUGGGCUAUCUGUCAUGGAGGCAGGAACCACAGGGUAAUCCGUGCAAGACUCCAGGACCACCCAGCCUGGCUCAGCAGGCAGUAGCAGUGGAUCCACUGGGGCUGGAACAGCAGGAGCAGGGCGCCAGACCAUGGCUCCAUCAUCCCAGGGCUCUGGCACCACUGGACCAUCUUCUGUUGUCUCUCAGACUUCAAGCCAGUCUAAGGAAGGAUCUGAAUCCACAGACUCAUCUGUCAUAGGAUCUGAUUCCACUUCAACCUCCUUGGUGUACCCAUGGGCACCACUGGAUUCUCUUCUACCCUGCUGGGCACUACUGCUUCCUCGGUGGGCAUUGUCACAACCACAAGAGUUUUUCCUCAGGGAUCCUCUGCUGACACAGCUCCAGCAGUGUGCCGUGGUCCACUGGGAGAAGAAAAAGUGCCUGGAGACACAUGGACGGCCAACUGCCACCAGUGCACCUGCAUGGCUGCCAGGUCUGUGGACUGCAGACCCCGGGAGUGCCCCGCCCCACCCACAUAUGGAGCCAGAGAGAAGGUGGUCACCUUCUCAUCUAGUGAUACAUACCUGCUGUGACAUUGGACACUAUGCUGCGUCCAGCGCAGCGCCAUGGAGCCCAGCGGCCUGCGCCCUAAUGCCUCCUUGCCCCCACGCUGCAUUGCAUUGCAUCGCACCCAUAGGCCCCAGCGCUGGGGCUCGACCCCGUGCCCUGAGCACCUGGCCACGACUGUGCGGAGGCCCCCCGCGUGGAAGUACUGCUGAGGACUCGGGACAGUGCUGUGCCGGACAGCCUCGGCCAGGUCCAUCUUGCUGGAGCCCAUCUACUGGGAUUCCUCCAAUGCCAAGAUUUUUUAUGUGGGGAGAAGUGCCUGGAUCAACCAAUUCAGAAGCUGCUCCAAUCAGCAGAUGAAGAAGCCAUUACUGCAUUUUUGGAAGAAAACUUUAAAUCUCCCAAAUGAAUGAUGACUCAUUAUUGACAUUAUGGUAACGUUUAUGUUAUCUA